GUUUCGACUCGCGGAAAUAGGCUUGUCCCUGUCCAUGUCACUGCUUGCUUUCGAAGCCUGCAAAUCAUUACCCGCCGCCUUGCUCGUUUGGAUGCAUCCUCUUGUAUUGGCCGCCCCAGUCGUCAUUGCUGGUUUGUCAUACUUUCAAGCGAUCAAGGGCCGGGAUCUAAGCACAGGUCUGCAACGCUAUCUUACGGAACACAGUGCAUUGCCUCCUUAUGACGGAUGGCCCGGAGCCGGCAAUAUUAUGCUGGCGGCGAUGGAUGUCAGCAUUGUCUCGUUGUCUGCCACGGUUGUAUCUCAAUCUUUUGCAUUUCAAGAGUUGUGCAUCACCGUCAUUUGUGCCGUCGUGAUGGUCUUCGUGGCCCUCUUUCUCGUCCCUCUUACAGCCCAAGGCAUUGGGAUGACGCCUCUUCUUAGUUUGGCCUUCACGACACGCUCUGUUACAGCAGCCAUUGGUAUCACCAUUAGCCGUAUGGUUCACUCCAAUAUGAGUAUCGCUGGUUGCAUUAUUGUCUUGACAGGCGUGAUGGGGCCUUUGCUUGGACCCGUCUUGCUCAGAUUAGCCCGUGUGUCGAAAGAUGAUCAUCUCACUAUCGGCGUCACUAUGGGAAGUAUAUCGCAUGGCAUUGCCACAGCCUAUCUUUACAAUACGAAUCGUCCCGCGGCGGCAAUGGCAAGCUUAGCAUUCACUCUGUCGGCUGUUGUUGCUGUGAUCACCGCUUCUAUUCCACCCUUGGCUACGGCUGCCCGUGUUACGGCAGGAUAUUCCCCAUAAUGCAUGAUAGAC